GGGGAAUCUCAAGCGGUCGGGAAGAUUAUGCUCGCUGAAUAGUGUCUCUGAGCGCCAGAUCGGGAGUGCUUUUGAGAGCAUGAUCUCCUCCAGAAGUCUUGCUGCCAACGCUUUACGCUUGUGUCCUUCGCCUCAAAGUUACGCACAGAGGGCUUGUUUCAGCACCAUAAGAUCUGCUCCUCAUCUAGCAAUUCGACUCUUAGAUACCGCAGUCCCAAGGCCGAUCCGUUCUGGACCAAGAACUCUGACGACAAUGUCCCUCACUGCUGCACAAAAGCACAGUAUGACAGAGUUACCAAACCUGUCGGUGCAACGAGUUCCCUGCCUCUCGGACAACUAUGUGUGGGUGCUCCACGAGUCAGGGUCGGGGAAAACCGCAGUCGUUGAUCCAUCUGAGGCAGCGCCUGUGAUAAAAGCCUUGGACAGCCGGGGCCUGAAGGCAGACUAUAUUCUCAACACACACCACCAUUUUGACCACACGGGCGGCAACCUGGAAAUGAAGCAGCAUUAUGGGGCCACCAUAGUUGGCCCUGCUGCAGACGAGGCCCGCAUCCCUGGCAUUGACAUCAGCCUCAAGGACGGGGACACCUGGGACUUUGGACAGCUCCAGAUGAGGGUCUUUGACACUCCUGGGCACACCAGAGGCCACAUCACCCUCUACUUUCCCCAAGCCGAGGCCCUCUUCCCAGGUGACACUCUUUUUGCGCUGGGGUGCGGGCGCUUAUUUGAGGGCACUCCCCAGCAGAUGUGGACGUCCCUUUCAAAGUUGACUCCCUUGCCAGGCAACACAAAGGUUUUUUGUGCGCAUGAGUACACACAGAGCAAUGCCAAGUUUGCAGUGGCAAUAGACCAGGGCAACAAAAAGCUGCAGGAGCGGAAAAGAUUGAUUGACGAGCAGCGCAGCCAGGGGAUAGCAACGGUCCCGAGUUUGUUGUCUGAGGAGCUGGACACGAAUCCAUUCCUGCGUCCACAUGACAGCGGAAUCAGAGCUGCACUUGGCGUUGCGCCAGAUGCUCCGGAUGUAGAGGCAUUUGCAGCAAUCCGCAAGGCCAAGGACAACUUUUGA